UUUGUUUUCAUUUUUUAUUCGAUUAAAAAAAAACUCCUCCCAAACUCGAAAUCCCCCAUUUACUCUCCGGUCACUACCCUCACUCUCUAAGCAAAAGAAAUGGCCGAAACUGAAUCCACCAUCGCUCAAGACUCAGCCGCCGCCGCAGCGACGGAGCCUCAAGAUCAAGUAGACGACACCGCCGCCAAGCUCAAUAACCUUACGCUCCGAAUUUGGCCUCCCUCUCAACGAACCCGCGAUGCCGUUAUCAACCGCCUAGUCGAGACGUUGUCUUCCCAAUCUGUACUUUCCAAACGUUACGGAACAAUCCCUGAGGACGAGGCUUCCUCCUUGGCCAAGUCGAUUGAGGAGGAGGCUUAUUCAGUUGCUGGAGCAGAUUUCUCCCCCCACCAUGAUGGCAUUGAGAUCCUUCAGAUGUAUUCCAAGGAGAUCAGCAAGCUUAUGCUCGACACUGUCAAAUCUCGAGCUUCUUCCGCCGCCGCCGAUGCCCCGUCAGGUACGGAAGCUCCGACUGGAGAGCAGAUUUCUUCUUUAUCGGUUAAGGAAGAGGCUUGAAUCUUGAGGAUCCUUGUUUCUCUAUUUCUCUCUUUAGGGCUCUUGUUUACAUUUAUAAUUGGUAUUGCUAGGGUUUGUUGUUGUGAUCUCUUCGUAAGGCUAUGGAUAUUUCGAGAUGCUUAAUUGCUAUAAGACGAUAAUAAUAUCUUUAACUGUAAUACCCACUGUUUUUUAGGGUUUUCUGUAUUUUGUGAAAAUAUGCUUGAUCUUUGUGAGUUGUUUGGUUUUUGUUGCUCUAUUCAUUGCGACAAUGCAAAAUGCAGCAUAGAGGGUGCUAGAAUUUUCUUCAUUAAUGAUUUUUUCCCACCAA